GGGCCGGCAGCCGUCAAGUCCGUGCAGCAGGCGCCAGAAGCCAGAGCGGGAGCGGGAGAGCAGGCCGGGCGGCGUAGUGCAGUGCAGUGCAGCGGAGUGAGUCAGGCGCAUCCUUGGCAGCGGGUUCCCGGCGUCGGUGGAGGGACGAUGUACCCCUUGGGCUCCAGCUGGAACAUCUCCUUCGCGGGCUGCGGGUUCCUGGGGGUCUACCACAUCGGGGUGGCCAGCUGCCUCCAGGAGCACGCCCCGUUCCUCGUGGCCAACGCCAGGACCGUCUACGGAGCCUCCGCCGGAGCCCUCACCGCCACCGCCCUCGUCACCGGCGCAUGCCUCGGUGAGGCUGGUGCAAAUAUAAUCCAUGUAUCCAAAGAGGCUCGGAAGAGAUUUCUUGGCCCUUUGCACCCAUCCUUCAACUUGGUGAAAAUCAUCCGUGCUUGCCUAUACAAGACCCUGCCAGAGAAUGGGCAUGAAUUGGCUAAUGGGCGCUUGGGCAUCUCACUGACACGGGUCUCAGAUGGAGAGAAUGUCAUAUUAUCAGAAUUUACCUCCAAAGAAGAGCUUAUCCAGGCAUGUGUCUGCAGCACUUUCAUUCCAGUAUACUGUGGUCUGAUCCCUCCAAGUCUUCAAGGAGUGAGGUAUGUUGAUGGAGGGAUUUCGGAUAACUUGCCACAGUAUGAGCUGAGGAACACCAUCACAGUAUCUCCCUUCUCAGGCGAGAGUGACAUAUGUCCACGGGACAGUUCCACCAAUAUCCAUGAACUCAGGGUGACUAAUACCAGCAUUCAGUUCAAUCUGCGAAACCUCUACCGUCUCUCAAAGGCCCUGUUUCCACCAGAACCUCAGGUUCUGCGGGAUAUGUGCAAGCAGGGCUACAGGGAUGCUUUGCACUUCCUGAAGAAGAAUGGUCUCCUUCAGCACCCAAGGCCUGUCCGGCCUUUGCUGGCCAUUGGAAAUAGUGCUGAUGACAGGAACCAUGAAGAAGAUGAUGCAGAAGAAGAGGAGGACCAGCUGGGAGAGAGCACUGCACUGGAGGAGGCUGAAGAGCAUAUCCUGGAACACUUGCCUCCUAAACUGAACCAGGCCCUUUUGGAAGCCUGUGCUGAGAGGAGAGGACUCUUUGCUGGCAUUGCCAACCUAUUACCUGUACGUCUGGCAUCUACCUUGAUGCUCCCGUAUACCCUUCCUCUAGAGUCUGCUGUCUCGUUCACAGUCAGGUUGCUUGAGUGGUUGCCAGAUGUUCCAGAGGAUAUUAGGUGGAUGAAAGAGCAGACUAGGAAAGUCUGUCACUAUCUCAUGAGAAAAGCAAAGAAGAAACUGGGAAGUCAUCUCUCAGCCAGGCUGUACUACCAUCUUGAACUCAGAAAGACCCAAAGCUUGCCUCUCCCCUUGAGCGUCAGCUAUGGGGAAGCACUGCCCAAGUGGCUGCGGAGCAACCUUUCCCUGACGGACGUUAUGACCAAAUGGGAAGAAUACCAACGCCAGCUGAUGUUGGGGCUAUUCUGUAUCAACGUGGACCUGCAGGCUUCAAUCUUCCCUUCAGAAGGGUUGCAGAUGAGACACCCGUCAGCCGGCUGCACGCAAGAGAGCCUUCAGCUCUUCUAAGACUCACCACUGUUUGGGCAGAGGGAGGGGAAAAGAGGGUGGGCAAUGACCACAUCUUAAUAGCUUCCUAAUCAAACUCUUAACACCCACUAAAGGAUAUUUUUGCCCUGCUCAAGAGAGGGAAUUAGUAUAAAAACAGCCCAUUGUGCCACUGCUAAGCAGGAGACUGGCACAGUGUUAAAACCCAUCUGAGUGUGUUGGGUACUGCGUACUGAGGGUUGGGUACUGGAAAUGACAGUGGAUAAAAUACUUGGCAACUGCAGCUCACAUGGUUGGUCUCUUGGCUGAACUGGAAAGAGUGUCACCCAGGGCAUGUUUUGGGAAGCAUCAUCUUGAACUUGCUCUUGGUAACGGGAGGACUGAGACACAAUCAGUGCUCUGGCAUUUCUUUGUGUGUGUGUGUGUUUUUUUUUUUUUUUUUUUAACAGCUCCUUUGUUUUAAUAAUUGUAAAAUGUUUCUGUUUUUAAUUAUGUUAGUGCCCUGGGAUCUUUUCUGUCUGUGCUAUAGAAUAGUAAAAAACAAACAAAAAACAGGCAACCUGGAAAGACUAGCUUAUUAGACCUGGUCACCUCCUGGAGGCAGUUCAUGGUUAUCAUGGUUUUUGACAGCGAUACCAUGUAACUUUUGACCCCUCUUCUCAUGCAAAUUCACUGUGGAUGCUGCUUCACACAAUAUAGAUAUUGAAAAUACAGAAUUGUAAGCCUAAACCCUGAUGGUACUAGGCUUUCCUAUCUUCUCAGGCUAGCCCUCUUCCAUGGGAUAUUUUAUUCUAGGAAGAGGAGAAAAUAUUAAAAGCUCCUAAAUGUAGUUUUCUAAAACUGAGUUUUUUAAGGUACUGGUAAUCUGUCUCUCUGUGUGUGUUUUGUUGUGUUUUGAAAUGCUCCAUGACAUUUGGAUGCUUUCGUCCACAUUUUUUAGUUAUCUGUUUAAAUUCUUAAUGUAUAUGAUCACAGAAAGGAUGUAAAGAAGGAUGGAGGGAGAACAUGGGAACUAAGGGUAAUGUAUGUUUUGAAAUGGUUUGUGAUUAAUAUGAUUAACUAGAGUUGUGUAUACAAGGAGAAGGAGCAGGGAACUGAGUUCCACAUUGCAAUUGGACAUUAAGUUGUUAGAACUUAGAGGCCAAAAUCCAGAAUGGUCCAAGUGGAGGUAACAUUGCCCAUGGAAUCCAUAUCCACUUAUGCCAGUAGUAGAAAGCAGACAGCCUCACCAAGAUAGUGGCUGCUAACCAUAGUGAGGUGGAGCAGGGAUAAGGAAGGAGGAUCUGAAUUCAGAGGUCCCAGCCAGGAUGGCAGGACUGUGUGAACAGGAGGAAUACAGCUGACUUUUAAGUCAGAAAAAAACAAAUUGAGGUACAUCCUUCUUUGCAUCCUUUAGAUUAUAAACCAGCAGACCUUGGCUUCCUUUCUGAUCAGAUAAUGAAACAUAGGAAUACAUUCCUACAGGCUAACUUUAUUGGUUCUGUUCCUCCCCCCCCCCCAGUUGUCCACAUUGCCAGCGUCUGAAGAUCUGCUACAUGUUGCCAGUGAUUUUACUUAGUCCUCCCCACCCCAACCUAUUUGCUGAAGUUGCCCACUGAAGGGAUGAAACACUCCAGGUAGCAGAUAAGGUCCCACCUCUUUCCCUAGCCCACGAUUAAAUGUGAUGUAUCUACUACUAACUUUCACCAGCACUGACCUCCUUUCUAUUAAGUUUUCUCUGCUGUUGCUUUGUUCUUGCUACUGUGUAGUAUGGCAACACUAUCAUGUUGUUGCAAAAGAGCAGGGUUCUGUUUCAUAUGGCAAUACUGUUUUAUCUGGCAUGUUUUUCUCCAUUUGGAUACAUAUUCAUUUUUCCUCCUUAUGGUUUUGUAUUAUAAUGGCACAGAUGUUUUAUUGCUACAAAGAUUUUGACUACAUUUGUACAGAGAAAAGGGUUUAUUUCCUUUGUUUCUCUAACCGGAUGGUCAUUUCUAUACCUCUAGUAUCACAAUUUGCCAAAUGCCAAAGACAGGUUGGGUGCUGGGGAGAUGGCUUAGUAACUAUGGGUAAAUCAGUAUUAAUAGUGAUGGCAUUUCAGGUGCCAAUGGAGAACAGAAGGAUGGUUGCAGUUUGAUACACACAUACCACUGUACCAGUGUACAUGUGCUCCCAGUGGGCACCUAGUAGUUGUUUGUAUGUGCCAAAGCAAAUAAGAGGUAACCUGUUGUAUAAAUUAGCUGUAUGCUGUUCUUUGUCAGCUAAGGCCAAUUCCUGUCUGGUUUUUUUUUU